AAACCGUAGCUGCAGCACUAAACACUCCCCUAUUCGGCAGCUUGGGACGUAACACCUGCUCCGGUCCCGUCUGAAUGAGGAGCGAAUAAGUCUAUUAGCGUCAUGUCUGGUUUGGAUCCGCCAACCCCGCCGAUGGAGUCGUGCGGGGCGGGAGGAUAUGCGGCCUUUUACCCGCCCGGCUACCAGGCCCUUCACCCGGAGGAGCACGGCCUGGAGCGCCCCUUUCGCCUCACGGCCUUCUCCGACAUGAAGGGAUGAGGCUGUAAAGUCCCGCAGGAGACUCUGCUCAAACUCCUGCAGGGACUUGAGUCCGACCGUCAGGCCGGACAGGAUGGGAGGACAGGAGAAGGCGGGGAAGAGACCUCCGAGUUCGGCCACCUCGGUCCGGUUUCACACGGCCCCCGGUUAGGUAUUGGGAUGGAUUCUUGUGUCAUCCCUUUAAGACAUGGAGGUCUGUCCCUGAUCCAGACCACAGAUUUUUUCUAUCCUUUAGUUGAAGAUCCAUAUAUGAUGGGUCGAAUUGCCUGUGCGAAUGUGCUGAGUGAUCUGUACGCCAUGGGCAUCACUGAGUGCGAUAACAUGCUGAUGCUACUCAGUAUCAGCCAGAAAAUGAAUGACAAGGAGAGGGAGCAUGUGAUGCCCUUAAUAAUGAGGGGCUUCCGUGAUGCAGCUGAGGAGGGCGGGACUUCAGUGACAGGCGGCCAGACUGUGAUGAACCCCUGGAUCAUUGUAGGUGGUGUGGCCACUGUGGUGUGCCAGCCCAAUGAUUUCAUCAUGCCAGAUGGUGCUGUACCAGGUGACGUGCUGGUUCUCACCAAACCUCUCGGAACCCAAGUAGCUGUCAACGCUCAUCAGUGGCUGGACAUUCCAGAAAAAUGGAACAAGAUCAAGUUGGUGAUCUCGAAGGAGGAAGUGGAGCAGGCUUAUCAGGAGGCCAUGCUCAACAUGGCUACACUCAACCGCACUGCUGCUGCGCUAAUGCACAAGUUCAACGCACAUGCUGCCACAGACGUCACAGGCUUCGGGAUCCUUGGGCAUGCGCAGAAUCUGGCGAAGCAGCAGCGCAAUGACGUGGCCUUCGUCAUCCACAACCUGCCCAUAAUUGCUAAGAUGGCUGCGAUCAGUAAGGCUGGGGGGAACCUGUUCGGCUUGCUGCAAGGGACCUCCUCAGAGACAUCAGGUGGGCUCCUGAUCUGCCUGCCACGGGAACAGGCGGCGCGAUUCUGUGCAGAGAUGAAGGCUAGCCGGAGCUCAUCACUGGGCCAGGAUGGAGGUGUGGGUGACGGUCAGCAGGCUUGGAUCAUUGGCAUUGUGGAGAAGGGCAACCGCUGCGCCCGCAUCAUCGACAAGCCUCGCAUCAUCGAGGUGCCGUACCGCGGUGCUGUGGCCAAUACACAGGAGGGCAACAACAACAACGCCAGCCCUGAGACACAGCCCACCCAGGCAUAGUGGUGCAGCCUCUACAGUGUAGAAUACAAUAGGAGUGUGAUAGGACUGUCUCUCAUCUUCACAUUUUCUUUUUUCUUAGCCCCCACUCUGUGGAUGUGGUCUCUCUGAGAGUGUGUGUGCGUGUGUGUGUGUGUGCAUGCUUGUGUGCUUGUGGAAGGUGUGACAUGGUUUAGUAAGACUGGAAUUGUGCAAAUGUUUGUGUGAAUGUGUGUGCGAAGGUGUCAGACAGUGCAAGUGUGUGUUGGAGGGAAUAUGAGAGGGGGGGAUCUUUUGUGUUCACUCUGCUGUUCAUUUCUUCUCCCUGUUCAGCCGAUGGGUUGAGAGCAACAGACCAAAAAAAUCUUUCCUUUUACCUGGUGGGAAAUGAAACGGACAGCAAACACGUCAUUCAUUGCUUCACUUGCUACCUUUUUGUUUGUUUUUUCUUUUUUUUCAUCCACUUUCAGUCAAGCUGUAGAAAAGCCAGGGUCAGUCCUACAUGUUAUAGUAUGUCUGGUUGUUUUCCUCUCCUGGUCACUUGCUUCUUUUUGGCAUUCUGUCUUUCCACUCUUCUUGUGGGUUGGUCAGGUGACGGUUAAAUUGCCUUUGUUUAAACUCUAACAUUGAUGGCUUUUUUAGGCACUUUUUCCAGCUAUAAACAGUCCAUCUUGUUUCUGAAAAGUCAAGACAUUUCAGAUCAAAUGCAUUUUUCUCUGACAAUCAAAGCCAAGUGUUUACAUCCAAGCAGCAUAUCUUAAUGCAGGCGUGUCUAAUCUUGUACGCAAAGGGCUGGUGUGGCUGCAGGUUUUCAUUUGAAUCAGGACACAAUUGAUUGUACCAAUUUAGUCAUUUGGUCUCAGUCUUCAAACAGUUCAUGUGAGCUUCUCAGUUUUUGGAAUGAAAACCUGCAACCACACGAGCUCUUUGCAGAUCAGAUUGGACACCCCUGCCUUCGGGUACUCAAACAUGAUCAAAUCAAACCAAACAAAAUGUUCCAAAUAAUCUUCGACGUGGGUGUAUUUAAUUUAUUUGAUAUUUAAUUGUAUAAUUGCGUCAGAGUUGAAUGCAAUCGUUCAAAUUAGGAAAGGUUGUUUUGUUUUUUUUUGUUUUUUUGUUUUUUUCCUAUUGCCUUUCUGUGUAUGUUCUGAUCAUGUCCACUUUCUCAUGUAGUUGCAUAAACGUCAGGGAUGGUUAAAAAGUAGCUAGGCAUUCUUCAGGUCUACAGAAUGCUUCAAGCUUAGGUUAAGUUAGCUUUGAGGUUUUACAAUGAAGUCACAGCUAGCAAUGCUGAAUCGGUUUUCAUUAGGUGUGUAAUCCGCGGUAGCUUUAGGGGGAAGCGUGUGCCUGGUUUUUGUAUGACGUGUUAGAUUUGUUGAAGGGUUGGUUGUCCUCUUAAUUCUGAGGUGUGCAUUGUUACUCCACUCCAUGCAUAACAUUCUUUUCGUUUGAAUCAGUAGUGGAAUGGUAAUCUGGCUCCUUCCCGUGUAUCAGAGAGAGGGUUGAGCAGCUCUCUUUGAUCUGACUGGUGAGUCCAGGAUGCCAGAGAUGUUAGCUGAAUAGCUGCAGUAGAACAGAAGCGCUGCUCCUCCUGAUAAUGAUGCAUUUCCCUUUAAACCUGAUAACGGGGAUGGGAGAAGCUGAUGUUACUGGAAAGGAGGAGUGGACCCUGAUCUACUCAAGUCUAUUCAACUGGCUUAGAGUUUGUCACUGAUUUAUAUGCCAUCUCAAGACAAUAAAACAAUCAUUGUAGUUUCUCUAAA